GGUGUUUAGAAGCGAUCGGGCAAGUUCGUCAGAAAUGUGUGAGCACAAUCUUCUUAGUUCUGGGUAUGUUGCUCCCCUUUUGAAUUUUCACUCUCCAGACUCGCUGUACCUCCAAAACUUACGAGGCACUGGAGUCCAUAUAUCUGGGCUCCCGCAGAUGUCCUAUGGUAGAAGAGAGGUGUGCUCUCUCCCGUGGACUUCUCCAAGUUCGUGCACUACUCCGGCCCAGAGCCGCGCCUACAGUGGCAACUCUCAGCCGUUCUUUAGCAGUUCAGCCGCUGUGAGCGCUAGCCUCAACACUCACAAGAAGGGCUCACUGGAGGAAUCCGGGAGGUACUACUUCCAAGAUGUCAGCCACAAAUCAGAGGAGCCUGGACGACCUAAUGCAGCUUACGCAAGUGACCAAAGAAUCACUGGCUCUGCCAGCAACGACGUUUCAAACUCGGAAAGGCGACAGCAGAGCAGGGUGGCACAGAAUGAACUGAACUUCAGUGACCAGCCAGUGACUGAUGGGUCAAAGCAGUCUGUCGGCUCCAACGCUCAAUUUCAACCAUCACUGAACAGCCAGACCAUCAGAUCAGCCUUCUCUGAUGGAUUGCCAUGGUGUGCCUCACAGGUUAGAUCAAGAAAAAAGAGGAAACCUUACACGAAGCCACAGUUAGCCGAACUGGAGAACGAAUUUAUGAUUAAUGAAUUUAUUAACCGACAGAAACGAAAAGAGCUUUCCGGCAGAUUGGAACUGAGUGAUCAGCAAGUGAAAAUCUGGUUUCAGAACCGCAGGAUGAAGAAAAAAAGACUUAUGAUGCGCGAGGAUAUCUUCACUGUUUACUGAUUUUAUUAUUAUUAUUAUUAUUAUUAUUAUUAUUAUUUACAAUCUAGAGUUUGUUUUUUAUGUGAUGACAUCAUUCAUACAUCUUUUUAACAUACAACAGACUUUUCUUAUGGAGAUCCAAAUCCACCAAGCCCUUCUAUCUGAA